GUCCGUCCGCAGACCAUGGUCUUCCCUUUGGUGUCCCAACCGGGAAACCAGGGACUUCAAAUUUCCCGAUGUCUGAUUAAACUUGCACGCCUCGUGGCGGGGUAACUACCAUCGGUUAAUAAACAGCGGAUAUGAGAUGAAGAUCAAGAAGUGGGUUACCCACCGGCUGCUUUGGAGUCAAGAUGGAUCAUCACUUCGGUUCACCUCACAGCACGAAGAGGAUCAUAGUUGGCACUCCAGCGCCGACACAAUCAGCUGCUCCAGGUGGAGGAGGUCGGGGGAUGACACCUGCCCAACCAAAUAUUGGAGGCGGCCCACCCCAUCCUUCUCAGCCAGUACCUCAGACACCGCACAUACCACCUCAUCCUUCGUUGCCCCAACCACCACCUUCCAAUGUACACCCUCCGGAUCCCAGUACAAACUUCACCUACCAGCGUGGUGUCCUCUCGGCUAUCUCGCGGAUGCGUGCUCCUGCCCCGGGUAACACUGCCCCAGGCCCCGUGGAUCAAGCGCUACUGCGGCGCUGGCUCGUGCUUGCUCCCAGCUACCUUAUGCACGAUCAAUCUAUAAGCACCUCGCCAGAGGAAGGCGUGCUCGCUUGGGCCGAAGGGAUGCACGCGCUUGUUGGAGUCCUGCAGAUGCUGCACUCCCAAGGAGUGCUGGAGUGGGAAACUAUGGACACUGCAAGCCGGGCGUUUGCGGAGAGCUGGAGCGCAGCGAAAUGCUGGACAGGGAUGGAGAGGGCGAAAGAGGCGAUUCAGGCUGCCGGGAGGAGGCUGCGAGCUCUGUUGGACCCGCAGGACUAUGUCCGGUACCGGGGAAGGAGACUUUACCCUGGACAGGACUAGAUGGGACUGACUGACUGACGAUUCGGAGGAUGGAAAAUCGGAUGUGGAACGUAUGAUCUUGCACUGUAUUUAUAUGAAAGCGCAAACUAUGUAUCGAAU